AUGUCAUUUCGAAUACGUAAAAUAAAAAAAGAUCCUCCAAUCAGUACAGAUUCAAAUACAAGUACCGAUGCAAGUACGGAUACAAGUACAGAUACAAGUAUAAAUACAAAUAAAGGUACAGAUACAAGUACAACUAGUUCAAAAGAAAUAUACUAUCCAAAAAUAACAAUUUCACAAGAAGAUAUGUUUCGUAUUUUUGCUUAUUUAACAAUAUUGUUCAUUGGAGAUAAUUCCGUACGUACAAUUUAUCGUGAUUUUGUUCAAAUAUUUUCUACUGGUAGAUUAUUAAAAAAAGGAGAUGCGACUAUACAACAUGGUGAAUAUAAAAUGGAAGGUGAAGUUCGUUUACAAAAAGGUGGUAAACGUGGACAUCGAGAUUAUAAAGAUGUACGUUAUUAUUUUUGUCAAACUUCAUCGACACAAUUAAUUUAUAUAUAUAUACCAACUGUCUUUGGAGAUAUAGCACAAAGAAAUAUUGAUUAUUUAAAAACAAUCAAGAAUUGUAGAUUUAUUCAUGCUGUUAUUUUUUCAUUAUAUCAUGGUGAUUUGAAUUUUGCUCAAUUGAAAAAAAUUGAAAUACCAUUCAACCAACAUUUAGAACAAUAUGAUGAAAAUUUUAAUAAUAUUUGUAUGCAUCUACUAGAUAUAUGUGAAAAUAAAAAAGAUCGUCACCAAAAAAAAAUCUGGAUGGGACCAUUUCCACCAAAUAUGAAAUUAACUAAAGAAUAA